GCAAGAUGGCCGACGCGGCGGUCACUGCCGGGGCUGGCAGCUCCGGAACGAGAUCGGGAAGUAAACAGUCCACUAAUCCUGCUGAUAACUACCAUCUGGCCCGAAGGCGAACCCUGCAAGUGGUUGUGAGCUCCCUGCUGACAGAGGCAGGGUUUGAGAGUGCUGAGAAAGCAUCUGUGGAAACACUGACAGAGAUGCUGCAGAGCUACAUUUCAGAAAUUGGGAGGAGCGCCAAGUCUUACUGUGAGCACACAGCCAGGACACAGCCCACACUGUCAGAUAUUGUGGUCACCCUUGUCGAGAUGGGUUUCAAUGUGGACACUCUCCCUGCUUAUGCAAAACGGUCUCAGAGGAUGGUCAUCACUGCCCCUCCAGUGACCAAUCAGCCGGUGACCCCCAAGGCCCUCACUGCAGGACAGAACCGACCCCACCCGCCACACAUCCCCAGCCAUUUUCCCGAGUUCCCCGACCCCCACACCUACAUCAAAACUCCGACGUACCGUGAGCCUGUGUCGGACUAUCAGGUCCUGCGGGAGAAGGCCGCAUCCCAGAGACGAGAUGUGGAGCGGGCACUCACCCGUUUUAUGGCCAAGACCGGCGAGACCCAGAGUCUUUUCAAAGAUGACGUCAGCACGUUUCCCUUGAUUGCUGCCAGGCCUUUCACCAUCCCCUACCUGACUGCUCUUCUUCCGUCUGAGCUGGAGAUGCAACAAAUGGAGGAGACGGAUUCCUCGGAGCAGGAUGAGCAGACAGACACAGAGAACCUCCCUCUGCACAUCAGCACGGAUGAUUCUGGAGCCGAGAAGGAGAACACCUCUGUCCUGCAGCAGAACCCUUCCUUGUCGGGGAGCCGGAACGGGGAGGAGAACAUCAUCGAUAAUCCCUAUCUGCGGCCUGUGAAGAAACCCAAGAUCCGCAGGAAGAAGUCCCUCUCAUGAGCUGAGAAGGAAGCCUGCCUUGUAGAGAGACGCGGAUGCCACCCUCCUGGGGGAGUUAAAGCCACUCGAGGAAAGAAGAGGGUGGCCGCCUCGGGGACAAGCCGAGGCUCUAGGGUGUGACCGGGCAUGAUUUUAAUAGCAAACUCUCUAUUAAGAUUACCUGUUUUCACUGGAUGUUUGGGUUGACGAAGAUACGAUGGUAACAGUGAGGCUUUUUAAAUCAACCGGGCCAUACCGUGGGGCACAGGAGCAGCCAGUGACUUCGUUUAUAAUCAUGGAACUUGAUUCCUUGAAACCUGGGAGACCAGGGAAGGCGGCAGAAAAGAAAGGACUGUUUGCCUGCUUUGCUCACUGCCAGAAAGACUGUUUGCUUAGUUCGUAUUUCAGGAUAUCUUGACCCCUUUUGUUGACUGACAAUUUGUGGCAUCUAUUUUAUCGUCCUAGAACCUCCUUACUUCUCACCUCACCUGGGCUCCACGUGCCCUGUAGAGCUGAUCGAAGGUGACUUUCCCUCCUUUAACAUGUUGGAAACAAGAGGCCCACCCAUCGCAGCCUCAGUCUGGGGCCGGCAGGAGUCAGGAGGCAUAAGCAGAUGCGUGUGGAGUAGAAUGAAAGGCAGUACUGACUCUCAUCAGCAUCUGAUGAAAGCUCCCUAAAGCAGGGCAGCGCCCUCUCCUGAGGGGUUUAUCGUUUACUGUCCCUCUGUGGAGCGUGUGCUUGGGAACAACCAAGUUCUACCCCAUCCUGGAAAAAGAGAUUUUCUUUGACAAGAGCCUACGUCAGUGGAUAUAUUACACUGUGACUUGAUGGAGGAAUCACUGGUUUUAUGCAGUAGGAAAAGGAUUUGCUGGGGGUGGGAGGUGGCGGGGAUGAGAUUUUGAAGGCCGGGCUUAGCCUCAUGUUCUGAAAGCUGAGAAACCUGUUCGGUCUGCUGAAAGUUGGCGUGGAUGGAAGGCCACGUGCCCACCUUAUGGCAGAAGUGGGCCAAGAAGAGCCUGCAGGUCUGAAUCUGUCCAGCCUCUUUGCCUCUUUAUCCUUGAUGUGCCCUACAAACCAAAAAAGAAAGAUGCUGGGCAAGCUGAUACCUUUUGACUGUUCUCCAAAGGAAGAGGUUUUAAAACCAAAUUGGAGGAAGAGAAAUGCCAGUGACACCUGGAGGUUAACACAGGGUAAAGGAGGAGAUCCUGGGUUAGUGUCCUAAGGUCCAUACUGAGCUCUCCUGAUACUCGGCUUCCACGGUCAGCUCUUAACCUUCUGUCCUCUUGGUGAAUUUGAAAACUCGAAAAACCUAGUGACUUAACAGCAGGCUCCAUGUUCCUCUGGCCUCACUGUUCUCUAAGCAUUUCAUCCCACUGGCUGGAAGGAAAGUGCUGCUCGUCAGCACCUCAAGAGAGGAUACUGAGUGAGAAAAUCGGAUUCCCCAGCUCUGGACCAAAUAAGAGUUUUUCCGGUUUGUAGUGACCUGAAACUCUUCCAGUUGAAAGUAGUCAGAUCGGGCCUGUGCUGACCCCCUUUGAGCUUGUCAUUUGGCUGUUGGUGAUUCUUGGCCUGUUGAGUUUAAAUAUAGUUCCAGGUUUGAGCCAUGGCAGAUGCAGGGCUGAAACUUUCCUGGCUUGCUGUUCUCACCCGCUCCCGGGAGCAGUCAUCCCAGCAAUUCCUCCUGCUACUAUCCCAAACAAGCACCUGUUGAGUGCUGUAACACUAAGGGAUGAGGUGGGAUUUGGAAAAGAAUUGCGCUUUCUGCUGUUGAGAUUUCAGAGGCCUUGCUGCUGUAAUUCUGUUCUGCAUGAGACACUGGGAGAUGGUCGGACAACCUGAAACAUUGACCUGACUAUCGUGUAAAAACUGUGGAUAAUCCUCAAUGGCUAUUUAUAAGUUUUUAUUUUUUAUAACUUUGGGGGAAUCAUGGAGGGAAAAAGUAGUCAACAGAACCAGAUUAAGCAUGUGAUUUAUGAGCUCUUAAUAAAAGGUCAUAAUAAAAACUUUGUAAAUGAAACAGAA